AUGGUAAGUAUCUCAAUUGCUUCACAACAAAGCCGCGCUUUCAACGACCUCAAGCUCGGCAAGAAGUACAAAUUCAUCAUCUACAAGUUGAACGACGCCAACACCGAAAUUGUUGUCGACUCCACCUCCACCGACGACUCUUACGACUCGUUCUUGGAGAACCUGCCAGAAAACGACUGUAAAUACGCCGUUUACGACUUUGAGUACGAGAUCGGCAAGGGCGAAGGUAAGAGAAACAAGAUUGUCUUUUACCAAUGGGCCCCAGACACCGCCAAGGUCAAGGCCAAGAUGGUGUACGCUGCCUCCAAGGACGCUCUUAGAAGAGCCUUGAACGGUGUUUCCACCGACAUCCAGGGAACAGACUUCAGCGAGGUCGCUUAUGAGAGCGUUCUUGACAAGGUCUCCAGAGCAGCAGGCUCUCAUUAG